UUGUCCUUUUUAGCUGAAAUCGGACACCGCUGAUGUUAUAGCGUCAGUGUCCUCCCGUAGGCUGCGCUGCGGAGUGAUAUUCCAUUGGAACCGACAAUGUGGAGGGUGUUAAAAUGUCUACUUGGAAAAUGAAAUGGUUACAGUUUCUUUAACACUGAAGAAACCGAGUAACACAAGAGUUAUGGUUCGUGGGACACACGUGUGUUCAGCUUCGUGACAAAAACGACAGCGAGUCGAGGCGACAGAGGAGCGCUUCAUAUUCUCUUUCCUCAUCUUCAUCAAGCCACAGUCCGGACCACGGGGAAAGGAUCCUAUCCCUAACUUUGUUUUUUUUCCUCCUCUUUUUGUACUCCAGCCGCUAAUUUCUCCGUGUUGGAUGUCACAUUGUUAAAUUCAGUCGCUUGCUGAGACUGAAAAGCCCAAGUGAAGAGCAGCAGCAGAGAAUGGCUGCAGUGGAAACAGACAAGGAGCUCAGCGACUUGCUGGAUUUUACCGCGAUGUUUGAGCUUCCAGUUUCAAAUGGCAAAAACCGGCCAACAACUCUCAACAGCCCUAAAUUUGGAGGUUCAGGUAUAGAUGAGAGGAAUGGGUCCAGUCCCUGGGGAACAGGGGAACAAAACAGUCCAUCUUUCAACCAGGGAAGGGGUUAUGGAGAAGAAGGCCUUUACAGUGAACAAGAGGCCAUGGCUUCUGCUCCCAUAUUUGAAUCAGGGAUUGUUGGGAAGGCAGAACGAGGACCAUACUCGUCACUUGGAAUGCAGCCGGGCUUCAUGACCAGUGAGAUGCCCAUACCCAGUCCUGAUGCCCUCUCUCCAUCUGGCACGAAGCCAAACUCUCAGUUUUAUCCCUCCUAUACAGGGAGCAACCCUCGCAGGAGACCCUCACAGGACCCCAUAGAAUCGCAGGCAAAAAAGAUCAGGAAGGUGCCCCCUGGCCUGCCCUCCUCUGUUUAUACAUCAGCCUCAGGGGAGGAAUUUAACAGAGACAAUGCUUGCUACACAGGCUCCAAGACAGGAAACGUCUACCCACCACCAUUCUUCAUGCAAGAAGGCCUCCACCCACCCUCCGACCCAUGGGGCUCUGCCGGGUCGAUGGUUCAGCCUGGUUAUUCUGCCAUGCUGGGCAACUCCCCCCAUCUGAGCCAGCAUGGUCCCUUUACUGCCAUCAACCCCCAAGACAGACUGAAACGGCAGCCACUGCCCCUCUCUCCUCAAAAUUACCCCCUGCAUGCCAGUGAAGUGAGCGGGGCUCAUCCUGCUGGCUUCCACUCUGGCUCCAGCAGCUUUGGAGUCCCCAGCCACACACCCCCCAUCACUGGCAGCGAAACCAUUAUGGUAAAUCGGGGUGCGAUACCCGGAAGUUCAGGUGACGAGAUUGGAAAAGCUUUGGCAUCUAUCUAUCCUUCAGACCCAAACAGCAACGCUUUCCCUCCGUCCCCUUCAACUCCCUCUGGCUCUCCUCAGGCUUUAUCAGGCUCUGCAUCCCAGUGGACUCGAUCCUCUGGUCAGGCCACACCUUCACCUAACUUUGAUGGGAGAAUUCAGCCUAUGAAUAAAAUGGAGGACCACCUGGAUGAAGCCAUCAAUGUUCUUCAGCGUCAUGCCAGCGGGCCAGGACUUGCUGAAAUUCACGGCCUGCUGCAGUCGGGCUUAGGGUUACCGCCAGGCUUGUUGGUUACCGCUGGCAGUGCAGCCAGACUUCCCAGUCGCCUGCAGGGAAUGGUGUCUGGUCACCACGAGGACUCUGCUAGUCUGCCAUCUAGUGGGGGACUUUUGCAUGGGCACCAUGGCUCUGCAUCUGUGCCACCAGGCUCUCAGCAUGAAGGCUUUACAGGCCUACCUGGUAACAUAAAUCGCCCCACUGCUGGUAUCAAACAAGAGCUGAAGGAGGACGAUGAGAACUGCUCCAUGACAGACAAGUCGGAAGAUGAGAAAAAAGAAAUGAAGAACCGCUCUCGAACAAGCUGCAGCCUUGUCUCGGUGACCGAUGAGAACCUGACUGCUGAGGAGAAGGAGCAGAGGGAGCGUGAGCGCCGCCUUGCUAACAACGCUAGGGAGAGAGUGCGUGUUCGUGACAUAAACGAAGCCUUCAGAGAGCUGGGCAGGAUGUGUCAGGUCCACCUGCAGAGCGACAAGGCCCAGACCAAGCUGGUCAUCCUGCAACAGGCUGUCCAGGUCAUACUGGGUCUGGAGAAGCAGGUGCGAGAGCGUAAUUUGAACCCAAAGGCUGCCUGCCUCAAGAGGAGGGAGGAGGAGAAAGUGUCCUGUGUGGACCCCCAGAUGCAGCUUAGUGGGGGUCACCCAGCUGUAGGAGAUGGACACAACUCUGUGAGCCAUAUGUAACUCUUAGUUCCUGUCGAUUGUACAGCCCUAAGAACAAGAGGCCUUAAUAUUUCAUAGUCAUGGAUCUCAGCGUGUUAAUCGACUGUUUGAAACACACGCACACACCUCAUUACUGACGAAGCAGGUGGCCACAUUCCUGACGAUGAAUCCAAGAAUAACAAGCACACUGAUACAAAAACCGAAGAAGAAAGAUUUAUUGAUCUCCACACAGAAACACGUUGAACUGAGGGCACUGGUUUAAAGAGAGUGGAAACUGGACAUAAGGACAUUCUUAUGAUCAUCGUGGUUUUGUAAGACAUUUAAAAAAUUUCUUUACGCUUUGGGAGCAAAACUUGUUUGGAUCAAAUGAAGCGUUCGGAUCAAUUGCUCAUGAGAGCAAAGUUAGGAUUUGUAUUGAUGGAUCAUUAUCGCCAUUCCCAUCAGAAAAAAGGAGGUCUUACAUUCUUCACAAGAAAAAAGCGUGGAUUUAUCUGUUUAAUUACACCAGAAGUGGGCUUUAUGCAUAGUGUUGAUGAAAAUAAUAAAUAUUCUCUUGACUGAAUUGAAGAGGCAGCUUACACCUGCCAGUGGAAGCUGACUGCUCUUUUUGCCAUGCUGGUAAUCCGGGCUGUAUUUCCUACAUUUAUUAAAGCGGCUGAGAAGGCGUCGCACACUCGCACUGGGUUCAUUUUUGCUCUUUAAGUGUGGAGCCGACCUGAAAGUCCUACACAUCUGUUACUGUCACUGCCAUGCAAGUGGAAUGGAAAGACUAGAAGAGACAAACACGUGACUCUGUGCAGAACCCACAGUGCUGUUGAAUCAAACAUGCACACCGACACGCCAACCCCUGUCCGCCCGUGAGGACUUGAGCAUCCUUCUCAGUUUCAGCCACAUCAGCCUGCCAACAUCCAAUCGUAUAUAAAGAUGCUGUUGCAGCACGUAAACCUUACUUAACACAAGUCUCAGAACAGUUUGUGUUGUGGUAUAUUACAUUUUGCUAGAAGACAGAAAUAACUGAGUAUUUAAAGGGAUCAUGAGUGUUACUGCCACCUUUUGGAGAAUUUAUUGCCACUGACUGACUUGUUUUGGUUGCUCAGUGUUUGGUGUUUUGUUUUGUUUUUCCCCUCUCCUUCUGAACAAUUGCCGAGCCUGUUAUAAGGAUCUUCCUUUUGUAGAACUGAUUUGCCAUUGUUUGUUUUUUUUUUACUCUGUAUGAUAGUUGUAAGAGUUUUGUUUGUAUCAUUUAAAAUGUUUUUGUUUGUUUAAAUUGUUUUGAGUGUAAGAUGACCCCGUUUAGAUUCCAGGAACAAAGUGAGGUGUUUUCUUUAGUGCCAGAUGUGGGGGGUAAAAAAAAAUAUUAGAAAUGGCUGCAACAUCACAUGUUGUGACUCUAAUUUUUUAUUUAUUCAUUUUUUUUAACUCUUUGAACACAAACCUGUCAGGCCGUUGGUAGUUUGAUUGUUCUGCUGUUUGACAGUUUCUCUUAAAAUGAAAUUUAAUGGGUUUUUUCUUUAGCUUACCCCCUUCUGCUUUCCCUAAUGUCAGACUCUUUGAUGAGCCUGUUGAUUAGUUUCUGAGGAAGGUGCAGAAGGGGCGGUCUGCACAGUCUGCAACAAGAUUUGCUGUUUCAUAUUAAUAUGAAGCAUAAAAAAAUAAAAAAGGGUGGCCUUGGUCAUUUUCCUGACUGUGGGAGUUUUGAUAUUGGUUUCUCACCAGUGCCUGAAUAUGUCUCUGCUACACGGUGGAUAAUGUUGCAUUUAAGGAUUUGUAGGUUAUACCUUGUUUUCCCCCCUUAAAUAAUAGAGGCGUUAUAAAAGCAUAUGCACUUCAGCAAAACCGGUCAGUGUCUCAAACACCUAAAUGAAGAGUCACUCUCUGUGACCAGCUUCUGUGUGUGUGCGUAUGUCUCAUGAGAUGUAAGAUGAAUUAUCUGGUCUACAACUUUGAUGCUGAAAACUGUACUUCUUGCCUUUUGUGUUCAGAAUUUUACUUAUGAUUUUGUUCUGAACUGGCAUGUGCAUUGAUACAUAUGUACAGCUGUAUGAUAUGUCCUUAUCAGCUUUAUCAUUGCAAGCUGAUACUGAUUUGUAACAGUAUUUGUCAUUAUUUCACAAAGUUGGCCUGUGGAGAAGCCCCCAAAUAUCAUUUUCUUUGCCACUCAUUCUGGUCUUUUUCCUUCCACAAUAACAUGUGUGUGUGUGUGUGUUUGUGAUGUGGUUUAUUGCUACUGAACACUUUGAUUUCUUUACAUGAAAGAUGCAGUAAAUCUGUAUCAAACACAUGCACCUGACCCUUUCUGUCCACCACAACAGAUGACCUGCUAUAGAUCUGUCUUCACUCAUGUUUGAGGACAACAUCUAUGUAGGCUAUGUCCUCAAAGUGCCUCCAGUUUCCUAUUUUUUAUAUAUAAAGUAGAUAUUGAGAACUGUUGUGUAUAUAACAGUAAUGUAGCAAUAAAUGUGCCAUUUUUAUUAACAAAACCUUC